GUGGAACACUCGGAUGUCCUGGCGGUAAAAACGAAGAGAGGAUGUCAACAAAGUAAGAAUUUUGACAGAAGUUGAGCUUUUUUGUCAUUUUAAUUAAUAAUAACAAGUUUUUUUUUUACUGAGCUAUAAUGUUUAAUCCCCAACAUUAGUUGAGCAGUUACAAAACGAGAAAAAUCCAGAUGUCAGCGAUGUCUGAGAGAACAGAUUGUGUGUUUCUCUCAGCUCUGGGUAAAGGAGACAAUUUACAUCAACAAGUUUUAUCAGCGUUCCCGUUGUGUGAGAUGACGGAGGAGGAUCUGAUCCAGAACCCGCUGUUCUGUAAACUUCUGGCGACUCUGUCCCAACAUGUGGACCGAACCGGACUCACACAACACCUGAGGAGGGACCUGGAGAAGGCAGAGUGUGAGCUGCGCUCUCAGAGACUGUCGUGGCUGCGUGAGGAGUGUGUGAAUCGGGUUCUGCGAGAGAUCGUCCAGGAGAUCCGCUUCACUAAAGCCUCCAGUUCUCAGACAGCGGAGGACAAGUUCUUCAGCACACUGGAGCAGUGUGUGAUGGUGGGUCAGUGUGUGAAAUCAUCACAUCACAGCGGCAUUCUGGGAUUGAUGGCAGAAAGAGUCACGAGGCAGAUGCCUCCUGAACAGGACAUUGUGCAAAUGAAGCAGAGGUUACCAUCAGAACUCCUGCAACAUCUGAAGAGGAAGGCCGUCAAUAUCCUGACGUACUAUCAGCCCCAGUGGGAGAAUGAAAGCGAGGGUCUCAGGAGUGUGAAGCUUUCUAAACUUCCUGAACUGCUGGACGGUGAACAAAAGAAAGCAAAGAGCCUCGCUGAGAGAAACCGAGAGAACACCGCGUUACUGCAGAGACAAACCCACGCGUACCUGUCUGAGCUGGUGAAGUGCAUGAAGGUCCUUCAGUGUCUCGUUCUGGAUCUCAGGCUAAAGGCUCAGAAAGAUCUAGACCGGAAGAAGAUCGAGUACUUCGAGGCCAAAUGCGAGAUCGGUUUGCAGAAGAUAAGGGCCGAGAUGCUUGAAGUUCAACUGGACACCUACACAAGAGACAAGAUCGCAGCUCACAAGAAAAUAACGGAGAAGCUGAACGCAGAGCUGAAGAGCUCCGAGAUGGACAGACAGGCGGUGGAGUCGAAGCUGGCGUCCUUCGAGAUCUACGGCAGAGACUUUGAGGCUCUCGCUGACGAAUACUCACGCCUACGCCAGGAGAUCGCCACCAAGUCCUGGGCUCUGAAGGAGUUCUCCACAUGAGUGUAUGAAUAUGAAUCCUCAUAGCUUGCCCUGUUCAUCUGUUGUCCUAUUAUCAAUAUUGUUUUUUGCAUGCAUUUGUUAUUGUUGACUAUAUUGUUAAUAUAGUAAUUAAUCAGCGCCACUCAACGAGUUUAGGUUCAGGCAAAAUUGACUGGUAGCUAUUGUUAAUAAAUCUUUGAUGUGAUUUUUCUUUUUCUGGUAUUUGUCACCAACGUAGUAUAAUUUGCACUUUUAGAUUGCAGUUUUUAUUCUGAGCUAUUAAAUUACUGUUUAUGAUGAAUGGUGAUGUUUCAAAAUGAUGUUGCUGCCUAAACUACACGCAAUCACAAUUUUCUAAAACAUAUUGUUUCCAAUACCUUUUUGGAAGAAUUUAUUUAGAGUAUUAAUAAAUAUUAUUUGCCGGUCCGGA